AUUUUUUACCCGCAGGGUCAAAGGUAGUGAGACAUGUAUUGUAAGUAGGGAGUGUGUUUUUUUGUUUUGUGUUUCUGCAUGUAAAAUUAGCUAUUAACAAUGCCUAUGAAAGGAAGGUUUCCCAUUAGGAGAACACUGGAAUAUCUUCAGAAAGGAGAUGUAGUAUUUAAAAACUCUGUGAAAAUAAUGACUGUGAAUUACAACACGCAUGGAGAGCUGAGCGAUGGCGCAAGAAAGUUUGUAUUUUUUAAAAUUCCUCAAAUCCAGUAUAAAAAUCCUUGGGUCCAGAUCGUGAUGUAUAAAAAUCUAACUCCGUCCCCAUUUGUGAAGUUUUAUCUUGAUGACGGCGAACAGGUUUUGGUGGAUGUAGAAGGAAAGGAUCACAUACAGAUAACACAUCAUGUCAAGAAGAUUAUGGGCAAAUCUCAGGAGGUUUUGCAGGCUGAGGAAAUGGCUCGGAUGGUGGCGUCCAACCCUGCCCAUUUCGGUCCCAAGAAGUACUGUCUGAAGGAGUGCAUGUGUGAGAUGGAGGGCCAGGUGCCCUGUCCUGGCCUGGUACCCCUGCCCAAGGAAAUGACGGGCAAAUAUAAGGCACAGAUGAAGUCAGCUGAGGACUGAUCACAGAUGCCUGGGACUCUUGUAUAUAUGUUGUGGCUCUUCAGUUGAUGGAUAUUUAUCUGGAAUUUUGUGUCUGUUUAAAGGAGAUCUGAAACUGCUGAUUUUUUUUUCUACAAAUAAGUUUAAGCUGCUUUAGUUCAUUUACUACCACUGGCAGUGCUGAUCCCCGAGUAUUUUUUGUACCAUCUGACAUGUUGAGGGAGCACAAAGCCAUCUCCUGAGCCUUUUGGGUCCCUGAAAGAAGUCUUACUGUCACAUGGGUUUAUCGUGAUAUGUGAUAUGUCUAGAAAGCCUUUACAUUUCUAGAAAAGGAGAAGAUCAUAUUCGGUAAACAUUACAAAAAGCAUAACUUAAAAAAUCUUUUUGUCAAAAAAUAAAAAGCACUGAAAGUUCUAAAUUA